CAGAAAAACCAAAGGAAAAUGAACAAGAAAACACUUCAGCUGAACAUGCUGAAGGUGGGGCAGCAAAUGAAAACCAUACCUUUGAGAAACUUGAUGAAAACGAAAGCACUUCCACGGUAGGUGAUGCAACAUCAGAAAACUAUGCUUCGUAUAAAGAGGAUACAAGCGCUUCCUCGGAGGAUGAAACAGACUCGGAAAGUGAUGACUCAGAGGAGGUUAUAUUGUAUCAUUACACAACUGAGGAUGGAGCAAAAGGCAUACGAAAGGACAUGAAGAUAGAACAAGACCACUCUACCUAUGCUAGAAGGAAACACAAAGAACAUGGUUCAGGGGUGUAUUUUACUCAACUUGACCACUACACCGAUAGCAGAACACUGAUAAAGAACAAUUUUAUGAAGUCUGGUAGAUCUCCAGACAGAAUAUACGUUUUUUUAAAACGCUUAGCAUACGUCGUGAAAAUAGCUUUUCCAAGAAGCAAAGUUGAUAAGAUCAGAGAUGGGGAUAGGGAUAUUUGGAUCCAUAGAGGGGACAUCCACCUAAAAAAGUACAAAAACAAGCACUGGAUUUAUUCAACACAAAAUCCAAGUGAUACUUUGUGACGAACAGUUCUAGUAAUAGUGGUGCACUUUUCUUACACCAAAUUAAAAAAACGUUAAUUUUUAUCUUCGAGGAUAUACAUUUUUAAUAAGACCAACGGGAGCAUAGAUAGUAUACUUCUAUGUGCAUAAUUGUUUCGUUUCACCCUUUUUUAAUCAUGUUAAUGGUCUUUUGAUUAUAGUCGUUAUUUAUCAUUGCUUCUGUUUAAGGAUAAAAGCCAUCAGGUUUCAUAAAACAAUUUCUAUAGAUGCGUCUAUUGUUUGAAGUUAAAAAUUGUAUUUUCUUUAUAAAAUUAUACAAGUAAAAAUUGUUAUUCUGGUGUUUA